AUGUUCCGGGCGAGGUGCGUGCUCCGAGCCCUGCGAUCCUGUUCUUCCGCUCCCUGCUCUAGACGCAAACCUUCCGCCAAACUGAGUGUGCGGGACGUUCUCCGGGCUCAGAACACGAGUGGGGAGCGCGUUAAGGUCCAGGGAUGGAUUCGUUCAGUCCGAUCCCAGAAAGAAGUCAUGUUCCUGCAUGUCAAUGACGGGUCAUCUUUGGAAAGCCUUCAGGUUGUUGCAGAUUCAAGCUUUGACAGUAGAGAAUUGGUUUUUGGAAGUUCUGUGGAAGUUCAAGGGCAACUGGUAGAAAGUCCAUCCAAAAGGCAAAAUGUGGAACUGAAGGCAGAGAAAAUUGAAGUUGUUGGAAAAUGUGAUGCUAAGACUUUCCCGUUUAAAUAUAAGGAGAGGCAUCCUCUGGAAUAUGUGCGACAAUAUCCACACCUUCGGUGUAGGACUAAUGCUCUGGGUUCUAUAUUGAGGGUUCGCAGUGAGGCCACAGCUGCUAUUCAUUCCUUCUUUAAGGACAAUGGAUUUGUGCAUAUUCAUACCCCAAUAAUAACAUCCAACGACUGUGAGGGAGCUGGAGAGCUGUUUCAAGUUGAAUCUUCAAGAAAAAUGAAGUUAUCUGAGGAGAAUUUCUUCAAUGUUCCUGCUUUCUUAACUGUCUCGGGACAACUUCAUCUAGAAGUGAUGUCAGGAGCUUUCACGCAAGUGUUUACCUUUGGUCCCACGUUCCGAGCUGAGAAUUCUCAGAGCCGGAGACACCUGGCAGAGUUUUAUAUGGUAGAAGCAGAAAUAUCUUUUAUUGAGAGCCUUCAAGAUAUCAUGCAGGUGAUGGAGAGACUCUUUAAGACUGCCACAAUGAUGGUUCUCUCAAAUUGUCCUGAAGAUGUUGAACUCUGUCACAAGUUCAUAGCUCCUGGCCAAAAGGACAGAUUAGAACAUAUGCUGAAAAACAGCUUUUUAAUCAUGUCCUAUACUGAAGCUGUGGAGAUCUUAAAGCAGGCAUCUGAGAACUUCACUUUCACACCUGAGUGGGGUGCUGAUCUACACACUGAACAUGAAAAGUACCUGGUGAAGCACUGUGGCAACAUACCCGUCUUUGUCAUCAAUUAUCCGUUAGUGCUUAAGCCUUUCUACAUGAGGGACAACGAAGACAGCCCUCAGCACACAGUUGCUGCUGUGGAUCUUCUGGUUCCAGGAGUUGGGGAGCUCUUUGGAGGAAGCCUCAGAGAGGAACGGUAUCAUUUCUUGGAGCAGCAGUUGGCCAGAUCAGGACUGACAGAAGCCUACCAAUGGUACCUGGACCUUCGUCGAUAUGGAUCUGUUCCACAUGGAGGUUUUGGGAUGGGUUUUGAACGCUACCUGCAAUGCAUCUUGGGAGUUGACAAUAUCAAGGAUGUUAUCCCUUUUCCAAGGUUUACACAUUCGUGUCUUUUAUAGCUGGAAGAUUGAUUAGACAGUGACAGAAGCACUGCACCUGAGUAUGCAUACAGAACCCUGGAAGUACAGAUGUUUUCAAUGUGUAAUUAUCUUGCCAUAA